CAGGAAGAAUGGUCUGAAAUGUAAAAGCAUCAGCAUUUGCUUUGAAUGUGACAAGAAACACACUGCUCUGCUGAGGACUUGAGUUCAGGACGUCACACUGGGAGGAAAGCUUGAUGCAAACUGAUUUCUUAGUUCUAAUAAGCAUCUCUUCUUGGCAACUUCUAGGAAAAGGGUUUUAUCUUGUGCGCCUCAGCUUUCAUCUACUUAGGUGUACAACAGGAUCUUAGUGCUUUACUAGUGGAAGGAAUUCAGGAUUCCUAUGCAGAGAAAUGCGCCUCUUAAAUCAACCCCAGCAAUUCCACCAUACAAAGAGCCCUGAAGGAUAUUAGCAGAAAAGGAGCAAAUUAAACUCAAAGAUCACCUGCAGCUCAGAGGAAAAAAAAAAAAAAGACAAACAUGGAGUUUUGAGUCAUGAGAGUAGCACAGUGUCGGCCAUGGGUGAUCAAGACACAGCCAGACCAUGUGGAUCAAUUUCUUCAAACUACAGCUUUUCUGCUGUCUGCUUGCAGUGUUGAUGGUCGUGGUGCUGGUUAUCACUGUUACUCAGGUAGAGUACUUGGACCGUGAAACUAUUUCAACCACAUUCAUCGACACGAGUGGCCAGUUCGUUUUCUCCCAGGUGACCGGACUCAGCCGGAACCCCUACUGUGGCUAUGAGCAGCAGACACUGUCCAGCCAGGAGCGUUUGGAGGAGGACUCCUUGCUGGCCGCCUUGCAGUGGCAGCUGCCCAAGGUGGGCCCGGUUCCCUUUUUGCAGAGCACUGACCCUUCUUCCAGCUAUUUUGUCAUCUUGAACUCUGCCACCUUCUUCAAGGUGGGCAGCCAGCUGGAGGUGCUGGUCCACGUCCAGGAUUUUCAAAGGAGACCCAAGAAGUAUGGUGGCGACUACCUGCAGGCCAGAAUCCACUCCCCGAAGCUGCAAGCUGGGGCCGUGGGCCGCGUGGUGGACUAUCAGAACGGGUUUUACAAGGUCAUUUUCACUUUGCUCUGGCCGGGCAAAGUUAAAGUGUCCAUAUCUUUGGUCCACCCCAGCGAAGGGAUCCGAGUUCUUCAGCAUCUCCAAGAAGAGAAACCAGACAGGGUAUAUUUUAAGAGUCUCUUCCGUUCAGGAAGAAUCUCCGAGACGACUCGGUGCAAUGUGUGUCUCCCCGGGGGGAAACCCCUGUGUAACUUUACAGAUCUCUAUUCUGGGGAACCUUGGUUCUGCUUUAAACCGGAGAAGCUCCCUUGCAGCAGCAGAAUCAACCACUUCAAAGGCGGGUACCUGAAGGGGCUCCUGACUGCCGCAGAGAAUGCAUUCUUCCAGAGUGGUAUCAAUAUCAAAAUGCCAAUCAACUCCAGUGGACCAGAUUGGGUGACUGUAAUUCCCAAGAGAAUAAAAGAAACUAACAACCUAGAACUAUCUCAAGGCUCAGGAAGUUUUCCUUCUGGAUAUUACUACAAAGAUCAGUGGAGGCCCAGGAGAUUUAAGAUUCGCCAAUUUAAUGAUCCUGACAACAUUACAGAAUGCUUACAGAGAAAAGUGGUGUAUUUAUUUGGUGACUCAACAAUCAGGCAGUGGUUUGAAUACCUUACCACAUUUGUUCCAGAUUUAGUGGAGUUUAAUUUGGGUAGCCCCAAGAACGUGGGUCCCUUCCUUGCGGUGGACCAGAAGCAUAAUAUCCUGCUCAAAUACCGCUGCCACGGACCACCCAUCCGCUUCACAACCGUUUUUAGCAGCGAGCUCCGCUAUGUGGCAAAUGAACUGAAUGGCAUCGUGGGAGGGAAGAACACGGUGGUUGCCAUAGCUGUAUGGUCUCAUUUCAGCACCUUCCCCUGGGAAGUGUACAUUCGACGUCUCAGGAACAUCCGACGGGCAGUGGUUCAACUUUUAGAUCGAAGUCCUAAGACUGUGGUUGUCAUUCGUACAGCCAACGCCCAAGAGCUGGGGCCUGAGGUGAGCCUUUUCAACAGCGACUGGUACAACUUGCAGCUGGACACGAUCCUUCGGAAGAUGUUCUCAGGGGUUGGAGUAUAUCUUGUCGAUGCCUGGGAGAUGACCCUAGCCCAUUAUCUACCACACAAGCUACAUCCAGAUGAAAUUAUUGUGAAGAACCAGCUGGAUAUGUUCCUGUCCUUUGUGUGUCCCUUGAAUAACUAGGCUGUCCUGGAUGGGACUGGAGGAAUCACAUCUAGUGACCCCCAUCUUAUCUACAUGACACCAAGUAGAUGAGGUUCCAUGCAGAGAUGGAUGGGUAUACAAAAAUUUUAAAAAGUGCUGAUUUUUCUGUAAGGACAUGUUAAGGCACUUAGAAAAUGCAGGUUAUAUUUAUGUCUACUAAUAAAAAAUUUUCCCCAAUCUUAGUUGUGGGAGAAUAGUUAUUACUAUUAUUAAUAGCAUCUACACACUUGCCCUUAAAACCAAAGAUGCUAAGGAAAUACGUUUGAACUACUCCUAAGAAGGGAGAUACUAGGCUAUGAUUGUGUGGGAAAUGAUAUGACCUCAACAAAGAGGCAAGUUUUGUUAGCAAUGGAAUGUUUGUAGGCGAUGUGCUAAAGGAAAUUGAGGGCAUCUGCAUGAAUAGGAUAAUUAGUUCACCUUCACUAUGAUGUGCUAACCAGACUUAUAUAGUCCCUGGCUCCUGAAACACUGAAGACUGUCUCAGGAAUUUGUCUUGAUGACUUACCUUUUCUGAAUUACUUGAAACAAAAAUCAACCUCCUUAGUAAAAAUUUUCUAGUAGGAAUAUUAAAAUGUCCUACUUUCAUCUAGAAAACAAACCGGAGGGAAGUAUGAAAAGCAGUGUGUAUAAAACCAGUGCUUUGAGUUCAUAAUUGCUUUGGGAAAUUUAAAAAAAAGAAUUCUUACUCUAAAACAACUACUUUUGGGGAGCUGGAAGAUUGCUCAAUGUUAGAGCACAUGGCUGGUGUGUGAGAGGUCCUGUGGUUGAUCCAGCAUCUCUUGGCGCUGUAGUCUCAAGCACUGAAUAGUUAGACCUGCACUGCCUGGCUGGGGGCGGCUGGGAGUAGCCCCAGGACCUUGUCUCCCAGCACUGACUCUUGGAGGCGGCCGUGUUGAAAAUUAACCACUUUUGGGAGAUAUAAAAUCGGAAGUAAUUUUUGUGUUCUGAAUUUUGAGAGUUUUCAGGAUUGAUUUAUAUGUGAAGAAUGCUAUUGAUCAUUAAAAAUUGUGAAAAAUUUC